GAUGUCCUCAUGCAUUAUCCGGCAUCCUGCAACUGUCAUCGUGUUUAUUUUAUCGCACAUUUUUAAAAGUUUUAUUGCUUUUUACGGCAAAAUACAUUGUAGAUAUUGAAUAUACUAUAGAACUAAUUAAUAAGUCACCAAUUAUGUCUAAUUCAGUCAGAAAACGCAAUCAGGAAAAGAGUGGUGACCCUCCACCACCUACAUUUUCAGAGACGCUGUCUAGGGCAUUCACAUCUGAAGCCAAAUGGACAGAUAAGGAUGAGUUUUUGGAUGUGAUAUACUGGAUGAGGCAAAUUCUUGGUAUCUUGUUAGGUCUUAUAUGGGGUUUGCUUCCAUUGAAGGGAAUUGUUGGUCUUGCAUUGUUUUUUGCUGUGAACAUUGUCAUUACAUAUAUUUAUUUCACAAGCUACCAAAAAGUUGAUGAAGAAGAAUAUGGAGGAGUGUCAGAAAUAUUAAAAGAAGGAUUAAUGACUUCGUUUUCAUCUUUUGUAGUACUAUGGAUAUUAUUGUAUUCAUCUUUGCACGCAGAAACUUAAGAGAACAUCGGACAAACAACUCAGCACAUUUUUAAGCAAUUCUCUCAUUCAUUAAACAGAAUUUUGUUACGUCAUUUAGACGUUUGAAUAUCUUAUGGCAGUUUCAAAAUGUCAUAUAAAGCUAGUGUCAUAUGUCACAUGGUGUCAGAAUAUGGUAUAUUGUCAUUAUUUGCUUGAAAUAUGGGGUAAUAGCUUGAUGACUGCAUAUAUAAAUAGAAAUACAUGUAGUAUGCUAAAAUCACAGGAGAAAAAUGAUAAUAAAGGUAGUUGUGAUAAUCUAAUCAUUAAAACAUUGUAUACCUAAAGGAGAAACAUGAGUUUUAUUGCUGUUUUCAGGGGAAAUGUACAGUCGCAUGUUAAACCUAUGGUUUUAGUUUGAUGCGGUCAAGGUCACUAAGUUUAUAGCAAUUUUUAUACAUUUCCUCAUAAAUCAUUAUAUUGGCCGAUAUCUUUGAUAUUUUGUAUAUAAAUACCUUGCUUGAACAUAUUCAUGGAUUUAUGAUCAUUGAAGUUAAAAGUACAAUGAAAAUGCUUUUCUCCACCAUAGUUUGGCAAGAAUUUAGCUGUGUUAAAGUGGCAUUAUCAAGCAAAAUUGAUGUCAGCAAUAUUCUAGUUUAAUUUUGUCGCAAAUUGUAUUAAGGCAUUUUUAUCAAGUGUAGAAAGUAAGAAAUAACACAUUUUUUUAUUUUUCAUUAAAACACAGAGAAAAAAUGUGAAAAUUUCACCCAUAAGUUCCAUGGGGCUACAUACAUGUAUCACAAAUUGCCAAGUUUUCAAAUUAAGAUGUACCACCAGGGCCUUUUUACCCUCUAUUACAGGGGCCGGUAUAGGGCUGCUUCCCCAAAGAAAAUUUCUUUAAAAUCAUGCAGUUUUCCCCAAAUAUUGAAUUUACAUCAAGUUUUUUCUUCCCCUUUUGCAAAUAUACCAUGUAAUUUUCCCCCAAAAUUAAGGGCUGGGCUGCUUCCCCAACUUGUGAAAAAAAGCCCUGACCACUUUAUAUUACCUGCUAUAGGGUACAGUAAUACCACACCAUAUUGUUAAUCAACAGCAAAAUUGAAUAUUUCAAUGUACCAUUCGUCACUCAAUUCACUUGUGUUCAUCUAUCUGUUUGUUGAAUUUGAUGUCUGUGUAAUUGUAUUAUACAGUGUACUUAUUGUUUUUUUUGUUAUCAAUGAAAUAAUCUGUACUAAAUGUUGGUGCUUGAAAGCCAUAUUUAAACACUUACUGUGAAUACAUUACAUGUAGUUCUUACUACAUAUUAAGCAUUUCCUCGUUUUCAAUUUAAAACAGUCGGCUCGUAGUUUAAGGUAUUUUUCUGACAGUCAAGCAGUCAAAAGUAUCAAUAUUUUCGAAGUACUUUGAUGUUCAGACUAAGACCAUCUAUAUUGGUGAUUUCUGACUAUAUUAGUUUACUUUUAAUGAAAUGACUCAGACAGUUUUAAUUGGUUAAUUUAUUUUGGGUGAUAUAAAACAUCAUUGAUAGAAUUCUAAUUAAACAAUUUUAUCUCAUAGAAAAGAAAAUGGUGUAUAUUUGUAAGUAAUUAAAUCUGUCCCAAUUUUUCACAUCAGAAUUUGUGCACAUAUCUUAAUGGAGCUUAAAAUCGCUUAAUAUACAUGAAAAUCUAAAUUGUCCGGUUUUGUUUACUUUGUGUAGGAAAAUUAUGUUACUUUAUGUCAAUGAAAUUUAAUUGUUUAGAUGAGUUUGUAAACUUCCUUGAAGUAUGUUUUCACCAAAUAUUUUAUUUUAUGUCAACAAUUUCUGUUUUAUUUUUAAUUCUUUUUAUAAAAUUGAUAAAAGUUUAUAGUUUUCAAUCUCAGUGUUCAGAUAGUUUAAGGUAUAUUUAUGAAUACCCGGAAUGGUGAACCUCAAACAUAGAGGAAACCUGUGUAAAUGUCAAACCAUCAUUAUCACAAAUGAUGUUAUUAUAAACUUGUAUUUAUUAAUAAAUGUUAAAAGGUA